AUGUGUUUCGUCGCCGGCCAGCAGGUCCUGGCCGAUGCUACCACCGAAAACUUCCGGAUCAAGUGCGUCCAGGACAACUACGACUCCCCAAACCCCACAGAGAACGUGGCAAACAAUAGGUAUGCAAGGAAGCCGCACGCCGCAGCGUUACUUUUGCUGGUUCAAGAUGAGGAUUGCGUGUUUUUCUCAAACUGUGACCUCAGUUGA